CUCACACUGAUAGCAAAAUUCCAUAAAAAUAAAAACAAUGGAGAAGAAUUUGAAGAAAUCAAACUCAGACUCGAACGACGACGUUCCACCAACUACACAUCCUUCUUUCUUCAUUGGUUCAUCUGUGAUUCCAAUAAUCAAUAAGCUUCAGGAUAUCUUCGCACCGCUCGGCGAUAUCGACGAUCGACUUACCGGUCUCCGGCUGCCGCAAGUGGCGGUGAUUGGUAGUCAGAGUAGUGGAAAGUCGAGUGUACUUGAAGCUUUAGUUGGCCGUGAUUUUCUUCCACGUGGUAGUGAUAUUUGCACUCGCCGACCACUAGUUCUUCAGCUUGAGAAACGUUCUACUGGAAUUGGUAAUGAUUCGCUUGAAUGGGGGGAGUUUGCUCACCUUCCUGAGAAACGAUUCUAUGAUUUCUCCGCUAUUCGCCGCGAAAUUCUGGCUGAAACAGAAAAAGAAGUGGGAGUUAACAAGGGUGUUUCGGAUAAACAAAUUCGGUUAAAAAUCUGUUCUCCCAAUGUUCUCAAUAUAACUCUUGUUGAUCUACCUGGAAUUACUAAAGUUCCUGUGGGUGAUCAACCUAGUGAUAUUGAAGCAAGGAUCAGAAAUAUGAUAAUGUCCUAUAUAAAACAAGAAACUUCAAUCAUAUUGGCCGUUUCUCCUGCAAAUGCGGAUUUGGCUAAUUCUGAUGCACUACAAAUGGCCAAACAGGUAGAUCCAACUGGUACACGUACAAUUGGUGUAAUAACUAAGCUAGAUAUAAUGGAUAAGGGUACCAACGCGAGAAACUUUCUUCUUGGAAAAGUUAUUCCACUUCGUUUAGGUUAUAUCGGUGUUGUCAACCGCAGUCAAGAGGAUAUUAACAACAAUCGUCCUAUCAGAGAAGCACUUGCUUAUGAGGAGCAAUUCUUCCGUGAUUAUCAUGUAUACUGUGGUUUAUCUGAUCGAUGUGGAAUCCCGCAAUUGGCAAAGAAGCUAAAUCAGAUUCUGGAGCAGCAUAUUCGAAAUGUUCUCCCCACUUUGAAGACCGAUUUAACUUCUCAUUUGGUUGCUGUUGAAAAAGAGUUGCGUGCUUAUGGAGAGGCUUUGGAAUCAAAAGGAGAAAGAGGAGCGAUGCUGUUGAAUAUUCUGACAAAAUACUCUGAAGCAUUUUCUUCAGAGGUGGAUGGUAAAAGUCAAGCAAUGACCACUAAAGAAUUGUCAGGGGGAGCACGGAUUCACCACAUAUUUCAGUCAAUUUUUGUAAAGAGCUUGGAGGAAGUUGAUCCUUGUGAAGAUCUAAGUGACGAGGACAUAAGAAUAGCUAUCCACAAUGCAACUGGUCCAAGAAAUGCGCUAUUUGUGCCAGAGGUCCCAUUUGAAGUUUUGGUUAGACGACAAAUAGCUAGGCUGCUUGAUCCUAGCCUCCAGUGCUUGCGAUUCGUCUAUGAUGAGCUUAUAAAGAUUAGUCGUGCUUGUGAAACAGUUGAAAUGCAGCGCUUCUCAGAGUUAAGAAGGCGACUAGAGGAUGUCACUGCAAGGUUUCUACGAGAUGAUGUAAAACCCGCCGAAAGAAUGAUAACAAAUCUUAUUGAUAUGGAGAUGGAUUAUAUAAAUUCCUCGCAUCCCAAUUUUAUUGGUGGGACAAAGGCGGUUGAUAUGGCGCAAAACGAAUUGAAGACUAUGCAGGUGGGUCGAUCUCAAUCUGACAAUGAUAAAGCGUCAUCAGCAGGUACCUCAACCACAAGGACAUGGGGUGUUACUUCCCUAUUUGGAAUCCGGGGAUCAUCAGUAGGGAAUUCAUCUAAGAGACAUGCUGCUGAAGUGGUGCAUGAUAUUAAUCUGGCACCCCCUGUUAUACAAUUGAAAAAUCCACCGCCGGUCUUGAGGCCUGGAGAAACUGAAACAGAGUAUCAAGUCGAGAUUAUAGUGACGAAACUGCUCAUAACAUCUUAUUAUGAUAUUGUGAGGAGAAAUAUACAGGAUUUGGUUCCAAAAGCUAUCAUGCAUUAUCUGGUCAAUCAUGCUAAGAGAAACCUUCUUGGCACGUUCAUCGAGAAGUUGUACCGCGAGAACCUAUAUGAAGAUUUGUUGCGAGAGCAUGAUGAUGUUGUCAUUCAAAGGAGGACGACUGUAGAGAUGUGCAAUGCUCUGCGACAAGCAGUCGAGACACUCGAUGAGUUCGUUGUUGAUGUUUCUACCCUAAGUUCAAGCGACAGUAUGGAUGCAUUGCCAAACUUUUCUUACCUUUCAUCAAACUCAUACUCAAAAUCAAGCACUUGAACUCCAGUUAAUACAG